AUGAAGCGCUCUCGAGAGGAUGCAGCGGAACGAGAUGCAGCGAAUCUUGGCGGGGAUGCCGGAAACGGAGAGGCUCUAGGGCUGGGAUUCGGGACGAGAGACGACGGCGGGGCGCGCCCGCUGCUUCAAAAGGCUGGCUGGCAUCAGGGCCGCGGGCUGGGAGUUGCUGAACAGGGUCGUCUCAAUCCAGUCCCCCCGUCGCUCAAAUUUGACAAGGUUGGUCUUGGCGGUCCCUCCUCUUCGCACGUCCCUUUCUCCUCGCGGCCUCAGUCAGCCCCCACUCUCUCUCACACAACCCCUCCUGCGGCCGGCCAGCCACACACUGCACAAGCUACAGCUGGUGUUGCUGGCUCAGGCUUCUCACGUGCCGUCACUGAUGCUCUUGACAACGAGCUUGAUCCCAAGAGCUCGGAGUUGCUGGGAGUUCUCAAGGGCAGUUUCGUCGCACACGCGUCGUUGACCAACAAGAAGUCGUCUGCGACGCUGCUGAACCCGUCGCAGAAGACGGCGGCGGUGACGAUCAAUCGGUGCUGCGUGUCGUGCAGCGAGCGCGAGGAUUGCGCGUAUUGGACGUGGAAGAAGAACAAGAAAAGCAACACAGGAAUAUGCAGUCUCUUCGGCGCUGACCAGUGCUCGACGCACAAGUCCCUCGCAAAGGUCAACAAGUGGCAGCCCGACACCAGUACCGGCGUUGUCUCCUUUAAGCGCUGCCUCGCUACAAGCUCCAGCUCCACCGGCGCCGGCAGCGCGUCUGCCGGUGAACCUCUCGCAGGGACCGACUCCACCGGUAGCGGGGACAGCAGCGCCAAAAGCGGCGGCAGCGUGAAGCGGUACAACACGACUUGCCCCGCGUUCCCGUGCCUGCCUGCCUGCCCGUCCGCCGUCGAUCUUCCGGACAUCACGGAUUCGAAGGGCCCCGCGUUUCCCGGCGCAUUUCGCGGGAAGCUGUACGAGCACUACUCGCAGGCGACGGGGCCGACUCUGGUGGAGGACGCGGGGCUGAAGAGUAUCGGCGAGUGCUGCGAGUACGCCGCGUCGCAGUUCAUGUACGACGUGACGUACUGGUCGUGGGAACAGAGCGACUCGACGGACUCCGGUCGCUGUAAGCUCUUCAGCAGCCAGGCGUGUGCGAGUCAGAGGGACGAGUCGGGCAACCUACCGGUUCAAGUCUUUGAUCCCACCUUCUCCACCACCUACGCCUUCCGUCUCAUCUGCUGA